CGGAAGCUAUCCCAAACUGCAUGUCAACGAGAUAUUACAAGCUUUCUAUUUUCAGUUCGCAAUGUCUAACGAAGUUUCUAGGAAGAGUCAGCUGUAACCUAACGUCUCACACGAGUAGGGGUUAUAUUUGAACCUAUUUCUUGUAUGUCAGGAGGCAAUAGUAAAGAUUAGUGUCACCAUUAGAAGUUAAAAAGUUACAAGACGUUCAGAGCCCUGCAAUGGUAUGACCGUGGACGUGAGUCAUACCCGCCCAACCACCAGUAUCUAUUGUUGUGAGGAAAGUAUGAACUUCAGAAUCUCUUAAAGGAAGGACACAGGAAGUGUAUGUGACUGUAUCAAGGAUUUCUCAAACUGAUCUGAUAUUGUCUCAGUUCAAGAUUGUUGUGAGGAAAGUAGUAUUCUCUUUUAACGGAUUCAAGUUGAACAGAAGUGACCAGCAGUAUAUGUGAAAAAAUAUGCGAAUGAGAAUUGUUUGUGAAGUCCCAACAGACGUUUCACUUAACUGAUUCAAGGAAUAUUCUCAAGUGAUACUGUGUGUGACUGCAGCCAUGUUUUGGAUGAGAUAAUUUCAGAAAUUCCUCCAGAAUGUCCAAUGUCUGCCAAGAGCUAACAUUGUAUUGUGGUACCUGUAUUUGGUUUUCUUGACACCCUGAUUUCAAUCUUGUGAAGAAUGGUUAAUAUGUAAUCGCACCAAUUUUUUUUCAAAUUGAAAGUUAAACAAGAUGAUAACACGAAACUAAACUAAACUCAUUUUGUGAAGUCGCCAUUUUGUCAACAAGAAAACUGUUGAUAUGGCAUCUGCACAAGGAACAGAGGCGCCGUUGUCGCCAGUACUUUUAAGACAAGCGCCCAGUAAGAAACCAGCAGUGCCGCGUCCGAGGAGCAAACGCCUGAGUCAGUACAGUGCAUCUACUGUCCUUGAAGCUCGAGCCAACUGCAUCGCGUCCUGUGCUUGUGUGGUGAACCAGCCAAUCAACGUCCCUGUGAAUGUGGAGUGGGAAACCACAAAGCCCCUCCAUGACCCUGACGCUCGGCCAAUGGUGUCUGCCAAGGAUAAUGUGGUGUAUCUAUAUCACAGUGAUGGGGAUCAGUGUUAUCAUAUCACUGUCCUGAAGACUAAACCUGGCACAGAUGCUGAGAUAUUUUUGACCUUUUCCCUGGAGACAUACACCAGUGGGGGGUUGCAGUACACCUUCAAAGGGCCAUACUGGCAUUACGUGUGCAUCUACGAAAACAAUAAGGAACGUGAAUUUGUGUUUGAACUUGAGAAAGGUCAACAAGGGGGACAACAAGCUGAGAUCUUUACACAGAAGGUGAAGGACAUUCUCCGGCUAAUGGAACAAGGUCAUGAUCGAGAAGCAGAAAUAGCUAAAGAAAGGUUCCCAGCUGUCUUCUUUUAUGAAAGAAUGGAUGAUCCGUCGAUGCAGAGUGGGUUGCCGCGAGGGAUGCAGCCGACCCCACAGGAUCACCUGGAGAAGAUUGUGGACCUCCUGCAGGCAGCCAUUCUCACUGGCGAUGGUGACCGGGCCAAACUGAUCGCCCAGCGCCUGGCGGUAGAGAGAGUGAGACUGGAUAUUAAGGUGGAUGAAACAGAGCACCAAAGAAGGAUAAGUGAACAAAGUAUUAGCGUCAAGGUCCAUGUGGAAGACCGAGAGACAUCCGGCUGCCCUGUCAACCUGAAAGUGAAGCCUUCAGACACCAUAGGGGACCUCAAGAGAAAGAUGUACCUUGAGUAUGAGUUUCCUGUGGAAGUCCAAAGGUGGAUAAUCGGCAAGAAGAUCCCCAAAGACCAAGAUACCCUCCACAGAUGCAAUAUCCGCACCUCCGGCCACACUCUGUAUCUGUACUUGGCCACUGCCAGGUCUGUCAACUUGGAGCCAAACCAGAUGGACAUGAUGAAUGCAGCAGGAGGACGGCCUCCUCCAGAAAUGAGUGGGGAUUACAUGACCAUGACUGCUCUCCGACAGCCCUUGAGGGGUCAGGGAGCAGCAGGUCAAAGGUCGAGUAGGCCUCCAAGCAGACAACAGUCAAAUGCCUCCACUGGCUCUGGAAGCACUCUGUCACAUCUGUCAGAAGCUAGUAGUCAGGAAUCGUUUAGUGACCCUCUACGUGCAUCUGGAUCAGCUCCCUCUGUAGGCCAAAACAAAGGUCAAGGUCAGAAUGCAGCCAGAGGUCAAGGUCAGGGUGUUGUAAGAGGUCAAGGUCAAAAUGUUGGCAGAGGUCAACGACAAGGCAGUGGCAGAGGUCAAGGUCAAUUUGUGGGGAGGGGUGGAGCUCAUGGUCCAAUUCGUAGUACACAAGAUGUUUUGGAUGAACCGGUUUUGAUUGGGUCCAGUCCUCCGAGAGCAACUGGUGGAGGUCUACACACAGCCAGCUCCACUGCGUCACCAGGAGAGACGCUGGGUUGGGAGUGUCCAGCUUGUACAUUUAUAAACAAACCGACGCGGCCUGGGUGUGAGGUGUGUGGAGGAGAUCGACCCCCAGACUAUGAGGUUCCGAUUGGUUACAUUAUGACCAAGGAGGAGCUGUGCUGGUUGGCUGACAGAGAGGAUCAGGAGAGGAUGGUCCAGGAGGCUGAUGAGUUUAACAGGCAACAACAGAGACAGAAAAGUACAGAAAACUUUAACCAGCUACUUGAACUCGAAAACCGAGACCUUGUCCCCAAUACUGACGAGUUUGACUGUCCGGUAUGCUUUGAUACGAUUUUGCCGGGAGAGGGCGUGGUCCUCAGGGAGUGUCUACAUGUGUUCUGUCAAGACUGCCUGAUGAACGCUGUGCGCACGACGGAGGAGGCAAGUCUCAAGUGCCCGUUCCAGGAUGACCUGUACACCUGUGAGGCCAUGCUGCAGGACCGAGAAGUCCGAGCGCUGGUGAGUGACGAGAUCUAUGCCCGCUUCCUGCAGCGUAGCCUGGAUACAGCGGAGAGCCAGGCUAGCAACAGCUACCACUGCAAGACGCCCGACUGCCACGGAUGGUGCAUUUACGAGGACCUCGUCAACUUCUUUGCAUGUCCUGUGUGUAAGAAGGAGAACUGUCUCACCUGCAAGGCCAUCCAUGAGGACAUGAACUGCCGCGAGUACCAGGAAGACCUCAAGCGGAGAUCCUCCAAUGACAAGGCAGCGCAGCAGACGCAGAAGAUGCUUGAAAGACUGGUGACAGAAGGGGAGGCUAUGCCAUGUCCACAGUGCAAAGUGAUUGUCCAGAAAAAGGACGGAUGUGACUGGAUCAAGUGCUCCAUCUGCAAAACAGAGAUAUGUUGGGUGACCAAAGGCCCUCGGUGGGGCCCAAAGGGUGAAGGAGACAUUACCGGUGGCUGUGGUUGUCGUGUCAAUGGUGCCAAGUGUGAUCCACAAUGUAACAACUGUCACUGAUGGGAUGUCAAAUAAUGGUCAUUGCUCACUUUGACCUCAGCGCCAGGUCCUUUGAACUCUAAAAGUGUCUCAACUAUCCCAGAUGGAACUGAGGCAUCUUAGUUGACCGAAAGUCAGGAUAAAGGAGAAGAAUGCAGUGAAGAGGUUGUGAGGAUCAUUUGUAUCUGGUUGAAGAGUUUUUGUGUAUUUGGGGCCACAUUCAGGGCAAUAGUUGGAUUCUGUUUUCUGCAACAGAUCAGGGAAUAUUACUCUAUUUUCCAGUACUCAGAGGAAUGGUGACAACAUAUAGGCUAACUAUAAAUAAUAAGAAGGCACUGGAUAUGAUAAAGGCCUUUUUGGCCCACGGUUUGGAAAUAGAAAAAUGUUAAAAUAUCUUUUGGAAGGUAGUAGACAUUGCGAGAUGCUCAUUUUUGAUGUUUUGGAAAGAACAAAUAAUUCAGUCCUCAAUCCUAUGAACAAUUCUGAGUGAUAACAUAUUAAAAUCCCCAUUUAAAAGUUUGGCAAAUGUAGUUGGCCAAAAGGGGCCCUUUUUAGACCUUGUCCUCUCAACUCACCCAAAGGAUACUGACAACAUGGCUAAGAUUCCUUUAAGUGAGUACCACAUCUUCUCCCUGUGAGAUAAGUAUUAUUAACCAUGAGAUGUGUACAUAUAAGUCCUACUGAUGUAAUUACAUGUGGCCACAGCUAGGGACCUUUUACCUGCUAAAAUCAUGGAUAGGUAACAGAAAUAUUCAGCCUGGAGAUCCUCAUUGAUCAGAAAUACAGGGCUGGUAUUUCUUUCAGGGAUCAUUGACCCCUUGAAUCUGAAACAAUUGUGAACAAAACUUUUGUUCAUGCUGAUCUUUGUGGUGAGAGUUAUGGUAACUAGAGUUAUCUUCCCUAAAACAGGGGCCAGGAACAUAAGUUUAUGAGUGAGUUGGUUUGAGAAGUAUUGAGUUAUAUAUCACGUUGUGUGGAAACUCCGAAAUGACGGUUACCACUUUGGUGAUGUCCACAAGCACUGGUGUGGUGCCGACAAACCUAGAAACAAUCAGGACAAACCGGGAUUCAAAACCAUAGCUUUCUGGCGUGCCUGAGGGAUGACUGGGCCACCCCUGCCCCCCAGAUCAUUGUAUGAAUCCUUUUGAUUUAAUAAAGCACUUUGUGAUGAAAACAACUGAUAACCUUGAUUGAAGUGCACAUUAUGAUCGGCUUCAUCAAUUACAGCAUGAAGUCACUUUUAUCCAUCAUGCGUGUGCUUCAUGUUAAUGUGUAUUUGUGAAAUUGAUAUUUGUGAAAUUAAAUGAACUUGGCCAUUAAAUUCAACAACUACAUUCAUGACUUUAAUAAUAUCAUAAAGAGGACUUUGAUAUUUAGCCAAGACCUUACCCAUUGACUAUAUGUUAUACAUAAAUAUGUUAUAUGUACAAUACAUGGUGCAGUCAACUGAUACUGGCGUCUGCUUGUCUUGUGUGUGUACAAGGCAAAAGGCUUUUGAUACUUUAAAGAUAUCUAUAAAGACAUGAGAUUGAGUGACAAAAAGCCACUAAACUCAGGAAUUCAACAUUUUCAGUUUUUGUUUGGGUUGGGAGUAUGUCUCAAACCACUUACAUAGCGACGUGCAUGCAUGUGUGUGUGGCUGCGUGUACUGGUCCUGACUAGUGCAGAAUUAGUCCCACUGAGAUACCAUGCUGCAGUUUAACAUGAAUACCCCACUCAGUCUCCAAUACUCCAAGCCGACCAGUUCUUGUUUUAGCCCCUAAAUGCUGACUGCCAGGCAGGGUAACAACAAAUACCAUAUUCAAACAUCUUUUGGUAUGAUGUAGUCGGGGACUGAACCCCGCACCUUCAGCUCUCCGGGUGGACCACGAAGGAGGUCUCCCUUAUCAUCAGACUUAGAGAAGACUAUGUAUUUAUAUAAGGGGUGGGGUGUGUCUGAUCAAUAGAGGGAUACUUCUAUUAGGGGGAGGGAAUAAUCAAUCAAUUACAUUGAAACACACAUUUAGGUUACCAAACAGGCAAUACAAAGGCUCAAACAAGGGGCAGCAGCAGUAAGUAACAGGCCCAAGAAUUAACGAAGGGGCACUCACCAAUGUCCAGAAUGUUGUCACAGCUCAAUGUCCGUUGCUGAAUCAAGGUUAGUGUUGGAAGCUCUCAGGAAUUCUGGGUUUACAAACAAUCUGCUCUUCGGUACAUAUGAAAUAAGUCAGGUUAAAAACGGCCCUCUUUUAAAGGUACAGCCAGUCUUCUACAACCUGUCCCACCCUGAAACUUCUCGAAUGAUCAAGCCUGCCAUUUUCAUCAACCAGGGGCAGAUAACUCUAAUCAAUCACUGCCGCCAACAGCAAUCGACAGUUUACUAGCGCUUCAAUCAUUUGCUGCCACUAACAAUUACUGAAAGAUAAAUUUAAAGCUGUUUUUACUGCCAUACAACAAAAUGUUUUGUCUUCCAUUUACAAGCCAGGAAAUGAAAUGGAUCAUUAUGAAGGCACAACAAUAUUAUCAUUCUUGAUGUGAUAAACAUUUCGGAAUAAAAUGAUGGGUGGGCAGUGUUACUGGAAACAGCAUUUCUUGGUUGCUGUUGACUAAUUGGAAAAAGACAGACAUAAAAUUGUAACUGUUGUUUAACUUUCGCGUUCAGUGUGUGAGUUAUUAUUCCAUGUCGAGCCUGUCAGGAGGAUCCGAAACCCAUCUCUAACACCAUUGCUGAAGGUGAUUUGUUUUUUUUGUUUAACGCCGCACUCAGCAAUAUUCCAGCUAUAUGACGGCGGUCUGUAAAUAAUCGAGUCUGGACCAGACAAUCCAGUGAUUGACAUCAUGAGCAUCGAUCCACCCAUUGGGAUCGAUGUCAUGCAUCAACCAUGUCAGCAAGUCUGAUCCCCCCGAUCCUGUUAGUUGCCUCUUUACGGCAAGCAUGGGUUGCUGAAGACCUAUUCUACCCUGGAACUUCAUGGGUGCAUUGAGGACAACCCUGAACUAUUAGUCUAAACACAGGACGUACCAGUAGUAUUGGCAGUUAGCCGACAUACGAUGUAUUAGUCUGAACAUACGAUGUACCUCUUCAUUUUAGCUGUUUUACAAUAGAAGAAUCAUUUCAUUAUCCUUAUCAGGAUUAUUAUUAUAUUGUGCCUUAUUAAUUUAUUGUGUUUAUAUAUUCCAACCAUAUUUUUAAAUAAACAUUGUUGAUAUUUGUUUUGC